UCAGCACUGUUCCGAUAACGAUAGAAACCAGCUGUUCUCCUUGCUCCCAUUCGAGACAUUUGUACCCCAAUUGGGGAUAACAAAACCCAGUAACUACCCAAACAUCCAGCACGUGCAGCGCCAAGUUAAGGACGCACUGCAUCGGGUGCGAAGAGAAAAGAAGGAAGGAAGCAACGCCGCUGUGCAACAGACUGAAAGCGGAGUAACAUGAACGCAUUGCGCAACAUCUUCACAUCGCGAACGCUCAACUAUUUGCGCCAGAAUGGACAGAACGCGAUCCUCAACGCCACCCAGCAGCAGCAGGCUGUGGACGCCGUGCCGCUGUCCAACGAUGGCGACCAGCAGCUGAAGGCGCCCCGUCCCGCCCCACUCUCCAUACCGCGCUCCAUCCUCGAUGCGUGCCAGUUCGCGGUCAAGCCUUUUGACCUGGGACGCAAUGCCUCCGGAAACGGGCAGUCGAACGGCUCCCUGUCGCCGACGACGCUGAAGCGUUUCCGCCGCAUGCAGCGUCGCAUGGAGCUGGUGUACCGCUGCAAGCUGUGCAACACCCGCAACACGAAGACCAUCAGCGAGGAGGCCUACUACAGCGGCGUGGUCAUCCUGCAGUGCGACGGCUGUGCCGUCGACCACCUCAUCAAGGACAACCUGGGACUCUUCACGGGCAGCGACGGCGACAGCAGCAUCAGCUCCGGCAUCAGUACCAGCAAGAAUAUCGACCAGGUGCUGGCGGAGCGACAUGCCCGCGUCCGCGUCAUCAAGGUGAACGAGCACGGCGAGCUGAUUUAGGAACUCAAGUCAAGGGGCAUCAGAACAGGAGAACCUGGUGCCGUCCGUCAACCUGCGAAUCGUGUCCGAGUUGGACACACUCGGCACGGGGGGCACAACAUUGCACCCAAACACAAACCCGAUUACAAACCGGAAUUCCGGAAUCCCUCAUUCUGUCCGACUUCAGCCGGCUGUAUAUAAUACUUGUACUGUAAUUGUUGAUUGUUUCGGGCCGUGAGUAACGGCUAAAAAGUGAUUAAAAGAACGCCCAGUUCGAAAGCUAAAAACACAAAUCUGUUUCCUCUAUACUAUCUUAUCGGUGUACACAGAAAGAAAACAUUAGCAUUGAUAUUUAAUAUAUCAUUCAAUUUGAAUCGAAAUAUUCUGACACUUAAACAUUGUACAAAUUUUGUAACUAGCGAUGGGUUUAUGUUUUGUAAUCCCCAGCCUAUUAUCAUAUCUUAUCUAAACAAAUAUUGUAUUCUUCUUGUUUUAACAUUUUACCUAUGUCUUUCGAUUCGAUAGUGAGCUGUUUUUCCUUCUGUGUACCCAUACGCAUGCUAUAUAUACUAUACGCUGAUUAAUGUGUUUACCCGAAAUUAGAAAUCCCAUCCAGCCAAAAUUCGACGUAUCUGGAGAGCCCUAGAAGCCAGUAGAAGUCGAGGGGCUUGUUUCGCGGGUUGCUAAUUGAUCGGAUCGAUCAAAACACAGGCGGGGUGCUAACUAUCGCAGCCAAAAUAAAAAUUGGCACGCUGCCGGCUUUCCACAACGCAAUGGUGAAAUGAACCGCGGAGGUUUGGUUAUGGCGCCAGACUAUAAUACAUAUUUUAACAAACACGCCCCUGUCAAGUGAUCGCUUCUACGUCUUGAAGGCCUAAAGCCAACCAGUGUUGUGAUGAUAAUAACCCAGAAAAAUAUGCCAUCGAAUGGGUUAACAACAACGGCACGUGCCUUGAACAUCGAUGGGUGGAUA